AGAAGAGGCAGGCCAUUCACUAUUCGUCGACGCUCUGUCACGUAUACCCGCCUUUCAUUUUCCUAAGAGAGCUUUUCUUUCUUUCUUAAUUUCUUGUAAUUUCAAGGAACGCAUUUUGCCUUCUCUCUCAUUAUUUCACUUCGCUCUCUCCCUAUCUCUACGAAAAAAAAAACACGUUAAAAGAAUUGUAUAAUUAAGUGUAACCGUGAAGGAAGAAAUAAAUACAUAUUGAGAAACGGUAUACAGCGGGAAAUCUAAUACUUUAAGUUUUCGUGACCUUACUUUACAAGAAUGGAAUUUGCCCACAUCUUGGCAGUGUGCCUUCUAUGUGGGGUUGUGGCUUCAGGAAGCGAAAGUCCCGUAUGCCCUCUCCCGGCCCCUGGUCAAUGCGCAGAGAAUGCUAACUCGACAGAGAAAGUAUGGCGCGUGUUUGGUUUGCAGCCCACUUUGAAGAAACUGGUGGGCCACUAUUCCCCCUUCAAAGUGUGGCAGAGGAAGACCCAGCAGAAGCAGCAGUUGGGCUACCAAGAGUUCCAGUACACGCAGCCAAAGAGUACAGAGACCAAGUACUACAAGCCGAUGGAAUACGGGCCCCUCUUCUUCCAACCGCAAUAUCAGCCUGUCUCUUACGCCGACGAUAGUGUGUGAUGUGUGAACCAUUUUAAUUUUUAAAGCGAUGUCAAGAAAGGUAUUUUAAUUCACUCUAGGCGCCAGGUUUUAUGGUCUUUUUUUUAAUAAAGAUGACGGUAAAUUUGA